AUGUCGCUAAACGGUUUAGACGAUCCCAAGAUUGUAGAGGCUCAUGAGGCUGGCGUUGCUGAGCCUGGAGGAUGGUUCCUGCUCAAGUAUUCGAGUCGCGACGAGGUCGAGCUGCUGGAGAAGGGAAAUGGGGGCAUUGUCGAGAUUCGAAAUGCCAUUGCCGGCUUUGAAGAAGAAAGCCCGUUGUAUGGCUUUCUGCGGUACCGGAGGAGGAAUGUCAUUGUUAAAUACCUACCCGAAGACUGCUCUCGGCUUAUACAAGCUCGAGUUGCUGUCCACUUCAACGCCGUCUGCGAACGAUUUUCCCCGUACGAUACGAUAUUCGAAAUCUCGACAGCCGCCGAACUGAGAGACACGAAGCUCUCUGCAGCAUGCUCUUUGCAUGCGGCAUCUGGGUCUACAGCAUCGUCCACCAGCUCGCGAAGACGACGCUUGGUGGAAAUCGCCGAGGAGGAGGAAGAGGAUCAACGAUCUUCCAAGCGGCAGUCAGUGCUGGAAUCAGACGAUGGCCGGCCGCGAACACCUGGCGGCCAAUCUACGGCUGCGGAUGAGGUCAAGCUCAACUCUGAGCUGGCAUCUUCGCCUGAGCACAGCAAGUUUGCAGCUUCCACUACCUCUGAGGUCCCCAAGUUUCUGGGCAUUCCCGACGCACCGCCUUCGCCUACCAGAUCGGUUGACACGACCGAUAGCUACAACUACUACCUCACGAGCAAGCCAAAGGUGAAGCUCGCUGCCCGACCUGCGGCCGACGGUGCGGUAAGGCCGCAGGCGUCUGGAAACUUUAGACCCGUUUCAUCUCUGCCGGCGGGAUACAGGUUUGGAAAGGGCCAGAAGAAGGGAAAAGGAAAGGACGGAGAUUCUGCGUCCUUGAUCCAUGAAGAGAUCCCAGAGAUGGAGCCACCUGCUGAUACUACUACUACCCCGGCGGCGGCACCAGAGGACUCAUUAGGAAUCACUGGCGAUGCCUCACGACCGACUACGAGCACGGGGCCAGCGGCUGAUACAUUGUCUGUGUUGUCUGUGCCCGCGAUGCCGACUAAGCCUACCAUUACGCCCGAGAAGGCCAGGCUCAUGAAGGCCAUGAAGCUUAGGGAGAAGAAGAAGAAGCAGCAGGAACAGCAGAAGCAGAAGCAGAAGCAAUCUGGAGUGGACGCACCAGGCCCCGAGGAUGAGAAGAAUACAAUCACGGAAGGAACCGAAUCUGCAGUGGAUAUACCAGGCCCCGAAGAUAAGAAUACAAUCACGGAUUUGGAGUACGCUGUGGAUGCCGCUAUUGAAAGCCAUGAUAAUGAUGAUGAUGAUGGACUGGACGGUGAAGAAGCAAACGCGCGAGAAGAUGAGAAGUCAAACACGCUAGAAGAUGAGGAGAAGCAAGGAGCUGAAGAAACAACGGUCUCCAUCAGCCAAGCGGAUUCGGGCGUGGUUUUGGAUAGUCUCUCGUCGUCUGUGCAGAUAGAUGAAGUGUCUGAGGGAACUCUGACUUCGUCUGUGCAAAUUGAUCAAGUGUCCGAGGGAACUCGGUCAGAGUCGCCGGCAGUUACCUCUUCGGAACGCGACGAGGAGACAGCCGCAUCUUCGCUUUCGGAUUCCACCGACGAGACGGUUCAUGCUGCGAAGAAUCCAGAUGAAGUAGAUGCUGUCACGUUGGAAGAUCAAGAGGCUCAAAAGCCAGCCGCCCUCAGUGCAUCGGAGGAUGAGGGCCGAGUCGCAGAAGUUCAUGCAUCGGAAUCGCUGUUGCCUGCAGCAAUCAUCGCUGCAGCUGCCGAUUCUUCUUCUUCUGCUGCUGCCGAUGCAUCAUCAUCGUUGAAAGAAGAUGAGUCGACGGCGACAAUUCAGACCAGAGAGACUGAGACUGAGACUGGUGGCAGCUCUGCGGCAAUGGGGUCCAAUGAGGAGAUUGCUGCCGGGGCUGCUAAUAAGGGAUCGGCCAAGGCCGAGACUGAAAAGGAGAAAAAAGGGAUUGCAGUGCCAAUUUCAAAGUUCUCGGCGAAUAUUCCGACGUCAAGGGCCCCACCGGCCGCCUCAUUAAGUGGCAUGGGAUCUGGCGCAGGCGAGAUUCCACCUGUACAUGCACCUGCAGGACUUGGUGCGACCCCCGGCGAUGUUGCGCAGGCAACGGAGACGGAGGACAAAGGGGAAUUAGAGGCAGAAGUAGCUUCUCCACCAUCCUCCAUACCCAUCCUCUCGACACAAACAACCGCCGCCAUGGAGGAGGAGGCGGAUCUCCAUCUCAUGCAGACUAACCCGUCUGAUGAGGCAAUUCCAACUCCAACUCCUGCAGCUGCAGCGACGACGGCUAGCGACAACACGACGGCUGCUCCCGACGAGCCAGAGCCACAGUCACGCUCCAAACGCGCGGCUGGUAACCUGACACCGAUCCGCACCGAUCUUGGCGACGACGAUGAUAAUGACGAUGAUGCUGCCCUCCUCGUCCAGGAGACCGAGACCCAGGCGACCGACCAAGACGACGCGCUGAAGGACACUGACAAUAAGCCAAUGGUGGCCACCAAAUCUCCGCUCACCCCUGUCUUCCCCAGCGCUCCCAUUGCGAAUGGGCCGCUAGGCGCCAGAGCUCCACAGACACAGGCGCACACCGUUCGAACAGUCUCUAAUCCUGUCCGUGGCAACUUCAUCGCUCCGACAGAUGUAACGCAGUCCACGGCGCGUUCUCUGAGUUCGGGCGCAGCUUUCUUACACAAGGUCACGCAGCAGCAGUCGGCCAGCCUCGCCACCAUGAAGCCCAACGUCGGGUCCAGCAUCUCGCAGCGCAUCAAGGCGCUCGAGAAGCUGUCGGCCACAUCAGGUGAUCAGUCGCGGCCCGUCAGUCGAGAGCGGCCGUCGUCGACCUUUUUCGCGGUGCAGAAGCGGGACACGUCCAGGCCGCCGUCGGUCGUGGACAGGACGAAAUCCCUCAAGGGACGGGCCGCCUCGCCGACGCCGUCGCACCAGGACGAUGCGCUGUUCGAGGGCAGAGUGCGGCUGCAGAGAUCGGGAUCCGUCGUCAGUCGGGUGUCCAUGUUUGAGCCGCUGGCCUCUGCCUCGAGUCCGCCGUCGGGCCUGGCGCCCGGCACCCAGUCGCGAGGCCGGCCCGAGUCCGUCGCCAUCACCACCAAGAUCAUUCGAGACCCGAGCCUGCAGCAGUCGCUGUCUGGGUACGAGCUGCCACGGGACGCUUCUGAUUACGGCUAUCAGUCGCCGACAGACCACCGCCAUCGAGGCAACGACGACGGCUCAUCAGAACGACGGUCCAGAUCUCUCGAACGCGGCGGCGAGGACGACAUGGUUUCUAGGACAACAACCCAGUCGCCUAGUACUGCCAGCCACCGCCUGUCCAUGAGCAGUCGCCGCUCCAUCACCUUUGACCGUGACAUUUCCAGCGUGACUGAAGAUUCAUUCUCCGGCGACGACAAGUCCUCGGAGAAGAAGACUUCGCGCGCCGGGCGGUUUAUGCGUAAGCUUUCCAGUUUCUCCAACGAAAGCAGGAAUAAUGCCAGCGUGAACCGUCAACAACAACAGCAGCCCUCAGCGGCUCCUCCCGCCGCCACCAGCGCUGGCGAGGCGUCCAUCGUGUCGGAUUUGGGAGACGUCAACGUCCAGUUCCCCGACAGCCUGUUGUGGAAGCGACGCAACCUCGUCCUCGACUCAGCGGGUAAUAUCACCCUCAGUGCCCUGCCGGCGCAGAGCAGCCGAACAGCGGUGGGGACGAAAACGUAUCACAUGAGCUUGUUUAAACAGCCCGAGGUGCCGGACGUGGACGCGCAGGAGCUGCCAAACAGCGUGGUCUUGAACUUUGUCGAGGGCACGGGCAUCCAGCUGGCGUGCGAGGAUAGGACCGGACAGAUGAAUGUGCUGCAUGUUUUACAAGCUGCUCAUGCUAAUCAUAGCCGAUGA